AUGGGUAUUCUCAAUGUUGGAAUCAUUGCCGCCUCAAUACCCACGCUAAAGCCACUUUUGCGAAAGAUCAGCAAGUCCACGAACAGCAACCAGUACAAUCAAUUCCAUGACGGCGACAAAGCCAGGACCAUUGGCAGCGCACCACCUUCCAGACCUCGCAAAUCGAUCUUGACCACGCUGAGCGGUACACGGACGGACAAAAACGCUGAUACCGAGGCAUAUGAGAUGUGGAGGGCGACUGCAGGAUCGGCACAAGGCGGGAAGAAUGAGAUCUAUGCUGUCAGCGAAGAGCGCGCAGGAAGUGAGGACUACAUUCUUGGAGGACAUUCACACGAUUCGAAGCAGAUCAAAUGCACAACAGAGGUGACUAUCAACAAUGAGGGGACCAAUUGCAGGGUCUGA